AUGGCCUCUCACCACGUCCUCAUCCUCGGCGGCCACGGCUACGUCGCUCAGCACCUCACUCCCCUCCUGCUCAAGCGCUCCUGGACCGUCACCAGUGUCAUCCGUGCCUCGGAGCAGGUUCCAACCAUUGAGAAGCUUGGUGCCGGUCUUCCCGGAAAGCUCAACGUUCUCGUCCGCAGCAUCGAGGAUGUCACGUCUCAAGACAAGGCCCAGAGCAUCCUGGACGAGGUGAAGCCCGACUACAUCGCCUGGAGCGCUGGUGCUGGAGGCAAGGGCGCUCCCGAGCGAACCUUCAAGAUUGAUCGCGACGCAGCAAUUCACUUCAUCAACGCUGCUGCUACAGUCCCUACCAUCACCCGCUUCCUUCUCGUCUCCUACCUCGGCUCUCGACGCGCCGGUGCCUCAUGGUGGCCUGCUGGCGAGUGGGAUGAGUUCCACAAGACUGUCAACAAUGGCGUCCUUGCAAACUACUAUAAGGCUAAGAUCGCGGCCGAUGAGGCCCUUUAUCGUGUGUCUAAGCAGAGCCCUACCCUUGUCGGUCUCAACCUUCGCCCUGGAACCCUUACCCACAACCCAGCUACCAAGGUUGAGCUGGGUAAGACGGCCCAUCUAUCAUCAAAGGACGGUAUCAGCCGCGAGGCAGUCGCCAAGGUUGCCUCAGCUCUUCUUGCAGCCGAAGGUGUGAAGAACACUUGGCUCGAUCUCCUCGACGGUGAGGAAGAGAUCGAUGCUGCCGUGGAGAGAGUUGUGCGAGAAGGCGUGGAUGCAGCGGAGGGUGAAGCCAUCUACGAUGCCUAG